UUUGUCGUCAUUAUACCUUGGCAAUCUAGUGCAACUCUAGCCGGAGCAGUAAUGAAGAUUUCAAUUUUCAGUUUAGUUUUGGCUUUGGCCUGUGCCGUCUCCGCUCAGUUGGCGCCCAAAUGGUAUUACUACAACCCCAAUGCAAGGCUCCCUUACUAUGCUCCCCGAUCAACUGGACAAGGGGUGAACUCAUUGAGGAGCGAUUGGCUAUCCAUGCCCACCAGUCAAGAAUCAGAAAGCAUCAUCGUAAGUAACGUCGGACAAAAUUUGAAUUUCAGACGGCUCACUUCAAGAAUGGAAACCCUCGAAGAUACUACAGAGAUUUUGGCGAGGAAGGUGAAAGACCUUUUGGCACAACUGGAGUCUACUUCGAGCCGAUUUGAGCGAACGAUGCAAAGCUUGGCAACCAAAACCGAAAUCAACAUCAUGAAGACUGUCACUAAUGCUAAAUUUGAUGAUAUGAAAGGGGAUUUAACCAACCUCAAAACUGAUUUUUCAAAGCAAGCGGACGCUUCCAAGAAAGAUUUGAUCGACACAAAGUCCAGACUGGACAACGUCAAUUCAGAAGUGGUCAACACCAACAUCAAAAUCGAUCGAAUGAAAACCGAGCUCAUGAACACAAGGCCGGACAUCAAAGAAAAAAUGGACUCAACCAAGAAAGAUUUGAUUGACACCAAGACCAGACUCGAGGGUCUGAAAAUUGAUUUGAUGAAUACCAACACCAAAAUUGACAGUGUCAUGACGGAAAUGGCUAAUACAAAACCGGAAUUGUCAGCGAAAAUGGACGCGACAAAGAAAGAUCUCAUAGACACCAAGACUAGACUGGAGGCCGUCAAAAUGGAAUUAGCAAACACAAACUCUAAAAUGGAUGGCGUGAAAACCGAAUUGAUUAACACCAAGACCGAUUUAGCUUCAAAAUUGGACGUUACAAAGAAGGAAUUGAUCGACACCAAAACUAAACUCGACGAUGUCAAUUCGGAUGUGUCCCACACCAACACAAAGCUCGAACGGAUCCGUGCUGAUCUGAGCAACACUAUGGUGGACAUCAAUAUGAAAUUGGAUGCCACCAGAAAAGAUUUUAUCGACAUCAGGGCCAAAAUCUAAUUUGUGGAAAAUGAUUAGAUAGACGGGACGAUGAUAGAGACACUGGUUGCAGUUUGGGACUCCUCUAUAUUGAUAAUAAUUAUUAAUUUUUUCAAGUUCUUCUUUGAAAUAAAUAUGAAUUUACUGGGAAAUUAUAAAGGUGUGGGAAAAAUUUCAUUACUAUACAUGUUUAUCUAAUGCAUUACCUAACAGUUUUACAAUAAAUAAUUUUGGCAAAAUU